UCGGCUGCCACCCACAAAACAAGCCAUAAUGGGGCAACAAUAGAAAAAUAUGGACCAUCCAAUCAGCAAUAUGUAACCCUGGACAAAACCCCAAACAAACCCAGCUCUCUGACUAGCUAGCAACACAAACCAUACCAAGAUGGGUAAGCCGAAGUUAGACCCGCCAACGACUUCUUUCCGCUACAAGAUUUCCAACAGACUGAAUAUACUGAGCGUUCCUAGGAAGUAUAUUUUGGACACGGGGGAGGGGAUGCCAGCAUGGUCUCCCAGGGGAGUGAGGAAGUCUGCGCUGCGCGCCACCAUAACUGACAGGGUCAAUGAUGCCGCCUGGCCUUAUAUACGCCGUUUCCUCUUGCUGAAGCGAUCGUGCAAGAAGCAGUUUAGCCAAGAACGAUUGGAGAGGAUCGACCGGAUGAUCGAGCUGGCUAACGCUACGUGUUACUCGAAACUGGCAAACUGUGUGCUAGAUCUCAAGAAGCAAGACACCAAGGAUGUGAAGAAGAAGCGCGGGUGGUCUGAAAGCGAAUGGAAGAAACACAUGGACUAUAUUAACCAGAUCGCCAACCCUAAGAAAUCUUUCACACCUGAACCAGUGAAGAGAGGAGAGAAGAAGGCUCUAGCUGAGCUGAUGCCGCGCAUCAACCAGAUGUCUUCGCUUCCCGAUUACAAGGUCUACCGCCGGCCGUCUCAGGAGCCCUGGUACAGAGAUCCUAUUAAGGUGCCCCGUGCAGCCCUAAAAUACGUAAUAAGCGACCGCGUCAAGAAGCUAGCUGCUCCGAGAGCCCUGCCGCAAGGAGGCGACUAGAGGACAUAGUCGACUUCUACCGCACCGCUCCCACCCAACUAAAUGUUCAUUGAAAACUGAGCUGUAUAGACAUACAGAUAACAUCUAAUUUACAUGAACAAAAAUAUGUCUUUAGCUAAUACUCCAAAGC